UGGAUUUGCUGAAGCCUUGGGUCACAAGCUCUGAACUUUCACCCAGCUGUGCUUUUGACUGGAACACAGUUCAUCUCCUCAGUAAUUUUUCUGGUAGCUGGUGCAGGCUGUGUCUUGGAUGCAGUAUGAGAGUAAUGCUGAGAACACACUCAUGUUUGGGUUGUUGCUAAGUGGUGCUUACCCUAAAUCAGGGAUGUUUGGAUUUCCCAUGCUCUACCAGCACAGAGCAGGAGACAAGAAGGCUCCAGCCAUCAGCAAAGCUGCAAAUCCACAAGAUGAGAGAGGUCAAUAUCUGUGUGGACACAGGGAGGGAAUCCAAGAAGGUGUUAGAAGACUCCAGACCAAAAAUCCCCAUUGGACCAAGAGGUGUGUGAAGAGCACGUGCAGAGACUGUAAGGGCAGAAAAUCCAGGGAUCUCUUUGCUCUGGUCCUUGUUUGAAGGCACCAGGUCAGGUUGUUUCUAUUGCUGGAGCACUCAAAUAUUAAUUUUUUUUCCCCUGGAAUGGGCUAUCUGAGAUUCUGCUGCAGGAAACCCAGGGAGAAGAAAUUUCUUUGACAGUUUGGUGACCCCAAACCACCACCACUGGAUCUGCAAACAUCCAUUGCCAGCAACGUGUGAGUUCACAUGGGACCUUUGGGAUGGGAGGUACUGAAGGAUGCUGCAGAGGGGUGAGGCCUGGCCGAUUAAUCUGUGCUCAGAGAGGCUGCUGGAUUAGUGCUUCAUCUGCUCUCAACAUCUGCAGCUGCAGGACAGCCCCAAAUUCAUCAGCUGGAAGCCAGAAGGAGCAGCAAGGCAGGUAAGAGCUCUUUCUUAGGGAGGGUUGAUGAUUGAAUCACCUCUGUCAGGUAGCAAGAUGAGGGAGGUUUUAUGGGAAAGGUGGUGGUAGUGCCAUUAUCUUGGCACUUCCAAACCUGUCACACAGUUCUUUGGCUGUGUCUGUGAGUCCCAAGUGUAAGGGGGGUGUUGUUGGCUGUGAAGAGGGAAAGGGGGGGCUGGAAGGACCACGUGGAGCAGGCACAGUGAAAAUGUGGCAGUCCUCAAGGUCUCAAAGCUCCAGUUCCUUGUGUUUGGAGGUGGGGUGAGGAUGGCCCUGGGAAAUGAGAAGUCUGUGCCCCACCGUACUGCCCAGCCUGGGGGCACAGGGGACACCUCCUGAGGGGACUGGGCAGUGCCCUCAGGGAGAUGGGAAUGGCCCCAAGGGAGUCCAGGAGUCAAGUGGUUCUUUGAAGGGGGAAGGAAGGGACAAUUUCUGAAGCUGAGCCCUUGGAGAGCUGGGAAUGGCCCUCAAAUCACCCAAGGAGUCAAGUGGUUCUUUGAGGGUAAAUACAAGGUGCUGCCAAACCAGAGGGAGAGACAUGGAAGGUGUUGCUGAGGAUUUACCUCACAGGGUUACUGUGAUUUGGGCUGGAAAAUCACCUCAUUCCAACCCCCAUGUCCCCAUCCAAAACCAGCCCCUCCCUGCUGUUCUACUUACCUGAGCUGGGCUUUGUUACCCUGGACUUCCCUCCUUGCUCUGCCUCUGCUUUUUUCCUGCACUAACUGCUGGUUUCUCUUCAUUACAGGGGUUUAUGAACCUUUUAUUUGUGCAAACAGGCAGCACGGGGGAUGAGAAGAGAAUCCUGAGCAGCCAUGGAGGGGUUACAGCUGCGGAAGGCUCCCAGCAGCCGGAGCUUCCUCAAGCUCACUGCCAUGGAGGUGAAGUGGAUCCAUGUGUUGGUUGUCUUCCUCUUCCUGCUGUCUGUGGCAAUGACAGGCUGCUUCCUGUGGCAGUACAGCCUCCCCAAGCUGGAGCCCAGCCCUUCUGUGAUGGAAGUGAGAUCAGAAGCUGUGCAGAUGUGUCCCCGCUACCCUGAGCCGGUCCCGCUGGACCACCCCAUCCCCAUCCUGAAGGAUGCCUUGGAGAAGGUGGAUUUGAUGCUAAGGCAGAAGAUGCACAGCUCAGGGCUCCCAGCCAUGUCUGCCAUCGUCAUCUACAACGACACAGUGCUCUGGACAGGAAACUUUGGGAAGAAGAACAUCUCCGACCCCUCCUCGGCUGUGCCCAACGAAUACACCAUUUACAGAAUCGCCAGCGUCUCCAAGAUCUUCCCCACCAUCAUGCUGUACAAGAUGUGGGAGGAAGGCAAGGUCACGUCCCUGGAUGACCCGUUGGAGCGUUACGCCCAGAACUUUGUCAUUAAGAACCCCCUGGGGAGGCUGAAGGACUCAGAGCAGAGGUACACAGCAGAUGGGAUGGUGUUUCUGGAGAAGGGCUCGAUGCCACUGAAGCCAUCGCCCGUCACCCUGCGCAGGAUGGCCAGCCAGCUCUCAGGUCUGCCCAGGAGGCUGAGAUCCACCAGCCUGCUGUGGAAGGGCAACACGCAGGAGGCCCUGGCUCUCCUGAAGGAUGAUGUGCUGGUGGCUGAUCCAGGAACCAGAGCCUUGGAAGUGGACGUGUCUCAGAGAGGAUGA